GGAUGAGGAGAAAAUGCACAGCGUUAGUGUUACAAAAGCCGGUGUUGCCAGAUUGGACGUCUGAACUCGGACUUGAGUCGUUUGGAUUUGCAUCAUGUAAACAUGGUGUUUCGUUGGUAGACUCACUAAUACUAAUACUACUGAAUAUUUCUGUUAAUCCCGGAUUACAGACAAAUACUCCAUAAAAUACAUUUAUCACAAUCUGGCAACCCGUGUUGACCGUUGGUAAAGUAAAUCAAGCGGAUGAUCUGAUCCAUACGGCUUUAUACCGCACACACACACACACACUGCACCCGGAGAAGAAUUGGGCAAUGAGAGUGAAACAGGGGGCCGAGGGAGGACAGCCGUGUAGUACAGAAGAUGAGCUGCUGGAGAAGCCCGUGAUAACGCCGGAGGACGUCCUCGGCCUGCAGAGGAUCACCGACAAUUACUUGUGUAGUCCAGAGGAUAAUGUCUAUAAGAUCGAGUUCACCAGGUUCAAGAUCCGCGACAUGGAGACGGGGACAGUUCUUUUCGAGAUCACUAAGCCUCCUGCUCUGGAGAGCGCAGACGACAGAAGAAAGGACCUUGACCCCAACGCAGGGCGCUUUGUACGUUACCAGUUCACUCCAGCCUUUCUGCGGCUACGACAAGUCGGAGCUACGGUGGAGUUCACAGUAGGAGACAUUCCCAUUAACAACUUCCGUAUGAUCGAGAGGCACUACUUCCGAGGACAGCUACUAAAGAGCUUCGACUUUGAGUUUGGUUUCUGUAUCCCCAGCAGCAAGAACACAUGCGAGCACAUCUAUGAAUUCCCUCCCAUCUCUGAGGAGCUCAUGAAGGAGAUGAUCCGGUACCCGUACGAGACCCAGUCAGACAGCUUCUACUUUGUGGACAACAAGUUGGUGAUGCACAAUAAAGCGGAUUAUUCCUACAGCGGAGGCCCAUAGGAGCUUUAUCAGAAACAUGGACUGAAGAAUUAAGGCUCCCAAUCCAGUCUUGGAAUAUUUGUUUGGCAAAAAAACACCCCAUCCUCAGGGUUUGUGUGUGUGUGUGUGUGUGUGUGUGUGUGUGUGUGUGUGUACUGAAAAGUUGAACCUGCUGACCCUCAUAUUAUGUUAUUCCUAGAACAGUUUUUAUUUAUGUUUAUUGGCUAGAACGGAGUGUGUGCCUGCAUGUAUGUGAGUGUAUAGUUGUGUAUACAUUCAUGUGCAUUAAUAGGUUGCAUGACACGUCUUUUGUUUGUGCUCUUGUGUGUUGUGUGUACUAAAUUUUAGAUGCCGUUCAUUCUCUCAAUAUGCACUCUUUACUUCAGUAUGUAGUAGGGACACACUGAUACCAUUCUGAGUUUUUAUUCAUUUUUUUUUUAUAUUUAUCAAUAAUGAAACAGAAAAGAGUAACCUACUUGGAAUUACACAAACCAGUAUGUGGCACAGAAUGUGACACUUAACUCUGUUGAAAGUGAGUAAGGUUUUAGUAAGCUGAUCUUCAAGAAUGAUCUAUUGAGUUUUUCAAGAGCUGUUAUUUUCACUCACCUAGUGGUUUCUGUAGACAUUCUUUUCACUAUGCUUAAAUCACUUUUUUUGCAAAUAUGAAUACGAGUAAAUGUGCUUGGUAUUAGAACGAUAUCUGGUAUCAAUAUAUCCCUAGUGUAUAGUUUUGAGGUGACACAUACAUAACAUUUAUAAACUUUCCCUACUGUGUAGUUUUGGAACCGUGUGUGUGUGUGUGUGUGUGUGUGUGUGUGUGUGUGUGUGUGUGUGUGUGUGUGUGUGUGUGUGUGUGUGUGCACGAGUAUAAGAUCUGUGUAUAAGCUCUGUGCAGUUACUGAUUGAGUUCAAAGGGUUAACCUUCUGCCCUUAGACCCUUUUUUUUAAAUGGAUGAUUUGGUCGAUCAUUGAUUUAUUUAUGCUCUUUAUCUGAAGUAUAUUUUUUAAUAGGCAUGUAAAAAGAUUCAGAGAGAGAUCUAUAUUAAGUGUUAGAUGUGUUUAUUAAUGUUAUCAUUGUUGACUCUAUAUUCUUGAAAUAAAUAUUGUUUCUUUAUUAAAUGCUCCA